GAAAAUUCGAAUUGUUGUGGUCAAUUCAAAAGAGACUUUCUUAAAGCAGGAGUGUUUUUAAAAAUAUGGAAAAUUUAAUUUUGGAACAUUUUAAAUUGUUAAAAUUUUAAGGUGCCUCUACCAACGAACAAGACUACUGCUGAAACCGCGAUCUUCUCUAUCAGGAAAAGUUAUAAAUGAGACCUUCUGAACCAUUUCUAUCGCAUAUUUUUUCUGAUAUGAAUACUCGCACUACUAUACCAGCUCGUUUAAUUAAGAAAAUGCCACUAACUUAAACAUGGCGCAGGAAUACAGACGGCUCUUACCGGCUCUAUUUUCUGUUUUUAUAAUAUUCGCUUCGAAAUGCGAUACGGAAUACUUAAAAAAUGAUUUCAUGAAAAACGCGAAACUGAGCACGCGAAUCGUACAGACCAGAUAUGGCCGGCUGCAAGGAAUCGUUGUGCCGAUGGAUUCGCAACGCUACUUGAAAUCCAUCGAAAUGUACCUGGGAGUUCCGUACGCAACGCCGCCGAUUCACUCGAAUCGGUUCAGCCCCACUAGGACUCCCAGUCCUUGGGAAGGUAUUUUAAUAUCCGAUAAAAUGGGUCCGGUUUGUCCUCAAAAACUACCGGAUAUAUCUAACGAGACUGCCGCCCUCGAAAGGAUGCCUAAAGGAAGACUGGAGUAUCUGAAGCGAUUAUUGCCGUAUUUGAAGAACCAAAGCGAAGAUUGUCUAUAUUUGAAUAUAUACGCUCCGUCUCAAGCUUCCAUCGAAACGCUUCAUCCAGUAGUGGUUUACAUUCAUGGAGAAUCUUUCGAAUGGAACUCAGGAAAUCCUUAUGAUGGAAGCGUUUUAGCUUCUUACGCGGAUAUCGUAGUAAUAACGCUUAACUACAGAUUAGGAAUUUUAGGUUUUUUAAACGCCAAUCCUGCGCCGCACCUCAAAGCUCGCGUGGCGAAUUACGGCCUUAUGGACCAAAUAGCUGCACUGCACUGGAUUCAACAAAACGUGGCUCUCUUCGGCGGUGACCCAAAUAAUGUCACCCUGGCAGGGCACGGUUCUGGAGCCGCUUGUAUAAAUUUUCUUAUGAUAUCGCCUACAGUAAUGCCCGGACUAUUUCACCGAACAAUAUUACUGUCAGGUUCCGCACUGUCAUCUUGGGCACUGGUGGAAGAUCCCGUGAAUUACGCCGUGAAGUUAGCUAAGGAAGUAAAUUGCUCUAUUCCGGAAGACGUGGGUAAAGAUCACGAGUCUAUAGUCGACUGUCUACGGGAAGUUCCGCUAGAUGAUCUCUUACAAGCCGACGUCAUGGCGCCUGCAUAUCUGAACGCUUUCGGUCCAAGCGUCGACGGCGUCGUUAUAAAAGCAGACUUCGCCAAAGAACUUGUUACAUACUUUAAGCCGCAGGAUCUCCAGAAUUUCGUGGGACCGGUAAACGGUAACAUGAAGAGAAGCGAAGCUGUAAUUACGCCCAGGGGUAAUAAUCCUUACGACCUUCUUUUCGGUGUUGUCACCAGCGAGGCGCUUUGGAGAUUCUCCAACAACGACAUAACGGCAGGUUUCGAGGGCGAACGACGAGACAGGAUUUUACGAACUUACGUGAGAAACGCCUACACCUACCAUUUAAGUGAGAUAUUUUUUACGAUCGUUAACGAGUACACCGAUUGGGAAAGGACAGUGCAACAUCCCGUGAAUACUAGAGACUCCUCGAUCGCUGCUCUAAGUGACGCUCAAUUCGUCGCACCUCUAGUGCAAACCGGUGAUCUUCUCAGUGCUAAACCGCCCCAGCCCGGCCAGGAGCCCAGUGGACCUAAAACAUUCUUCUAUGUUUUCGAUUAUCAAACCAAAGAUGGAGAUUAUCCACAGAGAAUGGGUACUGUUCAUGGUGAAGAACUUCCUUACAUAUUUGGAGCACCUCUAGUUGAUGGUUUCAAUCAUUUUCCUAAGAACUACACUAAGUCGGAAUUGGCUUUAUCAGAAUCUUUCCUAAUAUACAUAGCAAAUUUUAUAAGAACAGGAAAUCCGAAUGAGAAUCACAAGCAAGAUCCAAUUUUGGCGGCGUCGCGGGAAAGAAAUAGAUUCCGUUCGAUUGUUUGGGACGAGUACGAUUCGGUUCAUCAGAAGUAUCUGGAAAUAGGAAUGAAACCGCGAAUGAAGAAUCACUUUCGAGCGCAUCAACUGAGCGUUUGGCUCCGUCUGAUUCCUGAACUUCAUAGAGCCGGUAUGGAAGAUGUCGUGGCUCGGCAUAACUUAUUUAGAAACCAUAAUAGCGCUGACCUUUACGAAGGCGCUGUUCGACCGGAUCCUUUAUCGAGAUUAAAUUAUUAUGAUCCAACGAUGGAACUUAUCAGAAGAAGGUCGAAUUCGAGUUUGACGACUUUAGAAGCCCCGACAACUAUCGAAACUGUUGUUACAACUUGCGUUAACGUCGUCUCCUCUGGUAACUACAAUCACCAAAUAUUCCAAAGUCACUCAAAUUCUACCGAUACAUUAGCUAGCUUAGAGGCGGCCGGAUACGCCGCAUAUAGUACGGCCUUAAGUGUCACAAUCGCAAUCGGUUGUUCUUUAUUAAUUCUAAAUGUUUUAAUUUUCGCGGGAGUAUACUACCAAAGAGAUAAAACUAGAAUGGAGGUGAAGAAUUUGCAACAGCAGCAAAACAGGAAUCAAGCUGCUUUUGAAACAAUAUCCAAACAACAAUACCACUUAGGCCAUUCGCAAAGCUCCAACGUUAUAGUCAACGUCGAGCAAGACACAUCGGCUUUGAUUUUAGCAGCAAACACUCAGCAAAACGUCGACAUGAACAAAGUCCAGCACUUCUAUCCUUCUGGCAUUUCUAACACGCUGAAAGCACCACCUCCCAGCCCUAAUGUGAUGCUCCAGAAUUGCAUGACGCUGCCAAAGAACGCCUCAAUUCACAACUACCAACAACAGGGUUGCCAACAACAGGGUUGCAUGACACUGCCGAAGAACUCCACCAUGGCCAACAACACGGCUUGCAUCAUAGCUGAAAUGCAGCAGCACGGUUAUGUCCAACCACCGAACGGGAACGCAACGAUGCCACUUAGUGUACCAAAACCUCCGCCGCCUCCUCGAGCUAAGAGCCCGGAAAGCCAGCCCCUUCUCAAUGCUCACAAUAACAUAAAUAAAUGCAACAUGCGAGUUCCCCGUGCUGCUAUGAGUGAAAUGCGAGUGUGAUAAAAAUAAGUGUUUUAAUCUAAGUGUACGAGAACUUGAUCUUCAUAUUCGUCCAAAGAGAUUAUUUAGUUUUUUCAUGCAGGUUUGGUUUUAGGUAAAUUUGAUUUGGAAAAAAAUCUAGGAUGGAAAUUUUAGGUAGGUAGGAGUGUUUUUUUAAAGGAUGGGUAGUCAAUUUUUUAUAAUUGGUUUAGUUGAUUGUUUUCAGAAAAAAACGUAGUCAAUGAAUUUUUAAAACUCUAGAUUAAAAAAGUGAUCAUCAGUUCCAAUUUUAUACAAUAAAUAAUUUUACUGAAAUUGGUAUAGUUAAAAUUUUC